AUGGAUUACUCAAAGCAUAUCAGUGAGCACAGCAAGGCCAGAAACCCCUCAGCCAUUCGUGCUUUGAUGCCCUAUAUGAACUGCAAGAAGAUGAUUUCCUUGGGUGCUGGUCAACCCAAUCCUGCUACAUUCCCUUUUGCCAGCAUGACUGUAACUCUCAAGACUGGUGAAAAGAUCGAAAUUGAUGACAAUCUGUUCAACAGAUCUUUGUCCUACGAUUUGACUUCUGGUCAACCUCUCUUAAAUGAAUGGCUCUGUGAGCUCCAGAGAUUGGAACACAAGCCUCCCGUUGACUUUGAUCUCUCCAUUGGUUCUGGUUCUCAAGAUCUCUUGACAAAGGCACUUGAAAUGAUGAUCAACGAAGGUGACUCUGUCUUGGUUGAAAAUCCUACCUACACCGGUGCCUUGUCUUUCCUUGAGACCAUGAAGUGCGAUCUCGCUGACAUUGCCACUGAUGACUUUGGCAUUGUCCCUGAAUCGUUGGAGAACAUGCUCGCCAAUUGGCCCGAGAGCAAUCCUAGCGGAAAGAAGGAUCAACCUAGACCUCACUGUUUGUACACCAUCCCUACUGGUGGUAAUCCCACUGGCUUGAGUUCCACAUUGGAACGCAAGCAAGCCGUGUAUAAGAUUUGCUCCAAAUACGACAUUCUUAUCUUGGAAGAUGAUGCUUACUACUAUUUGCAAUUUGGAGAGAAGCGCACUCCUUCUUAUCUCUCUAUGGAUGUGGAUGGCCGUGUCUUGCGUUGUGACAGUAUGAGCAAGAUUCUGUCUUCUGGUCUUCGUUUAGGCUGGAUCACAGGCCCCAAGCCCUUGAUUGAGCGUAUCAACAUGCACACCAUGGUCACCAAUUUGCAGCCAUCGGGUGUUCCUCAGGCAAUGACCUUUGGUUUGUUGGAGAAAUGGGGUCACAAGGGCUUCUUGGAACAUGUAGACCGUGUGGCUGAUUUUUACCGUGAGAAACGAGAUGAGUUCCUAGAGUGCCUAAAUCGUAGAAUGGCUGGCCGCGCUGAAUGGGUUGUUCCUAACGCUGGUAUGUUUGUCUGGCUCCGUUUGUUGGGUGGUAUUACCGAUUCUUACGAUUUGGUCAUGACCAAGGCUUUGAAGGAGAAUGUCCUUGCCAUCCCUGGUUUGGCCUUCAUGCCUCAACAAAACAAGAAUAACUUUAUCCGUGUCUCUUAUAGUAAUGUUACCAAGGAAGAUAUGGAUGAAGCUCUCCGUAGAUUGGCUGCCGUUAUCGAUAAGGAAGCUGCUCUCAACGGCGUUAAGAUCAACGCUUAA